AUGCCGAAGAGUCGAUCGUUUAUAAAACGGGAAACGAAGGAAUCAGAUUUGUCACCUCCGCCCGAUGGUCUACUCGAUGAAGCAUCAAGCAAUCUCCCUGAAACGGACUCGCCAGCACGAAAGAAGCGCAGAAUAAAGACAGAGAUUGAGAUUGAGCAGACUGUGGACGAAUCGCAUACAACAGCGAAUUCAAGGCCUCGACGCCAGGUUGCAGUGAAUAAGAAGGAGAUUUUCAGAGGGUCUGAUCAAAAGAAGAAGCGCAAGGCAGAAACCUCGGACACUGAAGAGAAGGUGCUCGUGGGAGGUGGCGUGAAAAGUAAAAGGAAGACAAAGGAAGAAAAAGCAGCUGAGGUGAUGCCGUUGCUGCCGCGCACAAUUGGGCACAAUCUCUUCAUUGGGGCGCACGUCAGUAGUGCUGGAGGUGUGCACAAUGCCGUUGCUAAUAGCGUCCAUAUCGGUGCCAAUGCCUUUGCCUUGUUCCUCAAAUCACAGCGCAAAUGGGUAAAUCCUCCAAUUCUCCAAGAUCAUGCCGAUUCCUUUCACGAAAAUUGCAAAAGUCAUUCAUAUGAUCAGGGCAAACAUGUUGUGCCACACGGAUCAUACCUGGUGAAUAUGGCGCACACUGAUCCGGCAAGAACCCAGCAGGCGUACGACUCAUACGUAGAUGACCUCCGACGAUGCGAUAAGCUCGGAAUCCGGCUAUAUAAUAUCCAUCCUGGAAACACAGUCUCCAAUGACCGCCAAACGGCUAUUGCUCACCUGGCGAAGAACAUCAAUCGCGCCCACAAAGAGGUUCCAAAUGUGACCACCCUCCUUGAGAAUAUGGCCGCUUGUGGAAAUGUGCUGGGGAGCACCUUCGAGGAUCUCCGCGAUACCAUUGCAUUGGUCGAGGACAAAUCUCGCAUUGGCGUUUGCAUGGACACAUGUCACGCUUUUGCUGCUGGAUAUGAUCUCCGCUCUCCUGCUGCCUUCGAAGAGACUUUGUCACAAUUCGAAGAUAUUGUAGGAUUCAAAUACCUUCGCGCUGUGCAUCUCAACGACUCCAAGGCCCCUUUCGCAUCGCACCGUGAUCUCCAUGCAAACAUCGGAACAGGAUUUCUCGGUUUGCGGGCCUUUCACAACCUCGUUAACGACUCUCGGUUUACAGGCUUGCCGCUGGUGCUGGAAACACCGAUCGAUGAGACAGACGCAGAAGGAACGCCGAUAUUGGACGCAAAAGGCAAACAGAAGGAGAAUACAAAUAUAUGGGCAACAGAGAUCAAAUUAUUAGAGAGCCUCGUCGGAAUGGACGCGGAUAGCAAAGAGUUUCUUAUCAUCGAAAAAGAGCUCGCCAGAAAGGGUGAGCCGGAGAGAAAAAGAUUGGCAGAGCAACAGGAGCGCAAGAAGGAGAAGGAGGCAAAGAAGGCCGCAAAGGGCACGAAGGGAAAGAAAAGAACGAAGAAGAAGGACGAUACAGAAAGCGACGCAUCGGAGCUUAGCAACGAGGAAUGA